GAAGCAUCUUCUUUCUGUUCACACUCACUCCCAACUUCCUUAACCGUUUUCUUUCCAAAACAGAACACAACAGCAAAAAAUCAAAUCUCACAGCUGUCUGAUUGUCUUUCCUUAAUCGGAAAUUCAUGUUUUCCUCUGCUUUUCGGUUAAAUCGCAUAACUGAAAUAGAUGUUUCCGGUGAAGGAGUCCUCGUGGAGCGAUGCCGCGCCGAGGCCGAUGGAAGGGCUGCACGAGAUGGGGCCGCCGCCGUUCCUGACGAAGACGUUCGACGUGGUGGACGAUCCGGCCACGGACGGCGUCGUCUCGUGGAGCAGAGGAGGCCACAGCUUCGUCGUGUGGGACCCGCACGCCUUCUCCUCCACUCUGCUGCCUCGUUAUUUCAAGCACUCUAACUUCUCCAGCUUCGUCAGACAGCUCAAUACUUAUGGAUUUAGAAAGAUCGACACAGACAAGUGGGAAUUCGGCAACGACGCAUUUCUCAGAGGCCAAAAGCCUCUGUUGAAGCACAUAACACGAAGGAAGACGAGCCCCCAACAGCCCCCCCUCCCGGCCCAGCUGCGCUGCGACCACGUGCUGCUGGUGAUGGAGCUCGUGAAGCUCCGUCAGAAGCAGCAGGCGAUGCGGGCUCACCUCCAGCAGAUGGAGCUGAGGCUGCAGAGCACCGAGAAGAGGCAGCAGCAGAUGAUGAGCUUCUUGGCCAGGGCGAUGCAGAAUCCCGAGUUCAUCCAUCAGUUGGCUAAUUGCAGGGAGAGGAGGAGGCUGGAGGUGGAGGAGGACGCUGGGAAGAAGCGGAGGAGGGCGGUCGAGGGGUCGUCCUGGUGGGGAGCGGUGAAGGCGGAGCCGGUGGAGUAUUGGGGGGGCUUGGCCCCCUCUGAGCUGGAGGUGCUGGCGAUGGAGAUACAGGGGUUGGGGAAGGGGAAGGGGGAAGAGGUGGAGGCGGACGAGGUCGAGGAUAACAAGCUCGACGACGGGUUUUGGGAGGAGCUACUUAGUGAGGGGUUUGAUGAGGAAGUAGGUUUGGGUGAUGGUUGUGAAGAUGGGGUGUGUGGAUGGGAGGAUGUUAAUGCUUUGGCUCAUAGGUUGGGCUUCUUGGCUUCACCUCCUUGGAGAUAGUGUACGUCGCUUUCGUUUGCUCACAAUGUUGUUCGGCCGGGUUUCGGUACUCUUGGGAUAAUGUCACGCGGAAUCAGUCUUGGACCUUCUUACCUAACUUACGAUAGUGAUCUCGGGUAAUUUCUGAUCGGUUUAGUUUCGAGCAAUGUUUUAAUCUUCAGCAAUCGAAUAUCCACACAAAAUCAGAUGCGACAGGUUUAGGUCUUAAAAUUGUCGUUUCUUUUUUUUUAUUGUAAAAUUUCAUAUCGUUUGUUAAAUUAUGUUUGUCAUGUUUACAAUUUCAUUCACAUUUUCUAUACAUUAAGUUCAAUGCAAUUUUGCCUGAUUA